CUGUACGCAUGCGCAGCACUUUAAAUCCCCCCUUACUCCCUCCUUCCCUGCAAAUCGGGACAAGUAUCGGCGAUACGGAGAAGCCGGGUCGGCACUAGUAAUAUCGGGGCUAGACAGGUGGCAAGCAGAAGAAUGACGCAGGUAACGGUUUUCAAGGUGGAAGUUUGUUAGAGACCGGGAAAGCAUGGGGACACAUGGAAUAUGUGACAUAUGGUUAUCAGGAUGCCCCUUCCCAAGAAACCAAUGACAGUUCUAGCUCACCAUGGAGAAGGCUUUACAUUCAUCAGACGUAUUGCCUUCUAAAUCGUCUCAGGUCGCAGGCAGGAAGGAGACCGAAACAGCCAAAGAAUUGGACUCUAGUAAAGUACAGAAGCAGAAACGGGUUGGAUUUGUGUUGGUGCAUGCAGGUGCUGGCUAUCAUUCUGAAUCGAAAGCUAAGGAGUAUAAACAUGUCUGCAAGCGAGCUUGUAAAAAGGCGAUCGAGAAACUUCAAGCUGGUGAUCUUGCGACUGAUGCAGUAACGGCAGCUCUGCUUGAGUUGGAGGAUUCUCCUUUCACCAAUGCAGGAAUGGGCUCAAACUUGAAUCUUCUGGGCGAAAUUGAAUGUGACGCCAGCAUAAUGGAUGGCAAAUCUUUAAGUUUUGGAGCAGUGGGAUCACUGAGUGGAAUUAAAAAUCCAGUGUUGGCUGCUAAUAAGUUACUGUGCGAAGGACAGAAGGGGAAACUCUCAGCUGGCAGGAUCCCUCCUUGCUUUUUAGUUGGUGAUGGAGCUUUCAAAUGGGCUGUGGACCAUGGGAUCCCAACCUGUCCUCAAGACAUCAUGGCUACAAAAUUAAGCCUUGCUGCUUUUAAGCGCAACAAAAGAAAAUUGGAACUGGCCGAAAAAGUGGAAACAGAUUUUAUUCAGUUAAAAAAAAGAAGACAAUCAAGUGAAAAGGAGAAUGACUCAGGAACUUUGGACACUGUUGGUGCAAUUGUUGUUGACCAAGACGGGAAUGUUGCUGCUGCGGUCUCCAGUGGAGGAUUAGCCAUGAAGCAUCCUGGGAGAGUUGGCCAGGCCGCUCUUUACGGAUGUGGCUGCUGGGCUGAAAACACUGGAGUCCAAAACCCAUAUUCUACAGCUGUGAGUACUUCAGGCUGCGGAGAGCAUCUCGUUCGCACAAUAUUGGCCAGAGAGUGCUCGCUUGCGUUGCAGGCUGAGGAUGCCCAUCAAGCUUUGUUGGAGUCUAUGCAAAACAAGUUUAUUGGCUCACCCUUCCUUGCUAAUGAAGAUAGCAUUCUUGGUGGAGUAAUUGUGCUUCGAUCAUGCAGGUGUUCAUCAAAACUGGACUCCACCAAUGAUAAGCAAGCCCUUCUAGUGGAAUUUUUGUGGAGUCAUACAACAGAGAGCAUGUGUGUUGGUUAUAUGUCUGCUCAGGACGGCAAAGCUAAGGCUCACAUUUCAAGACUUCCUCCAGGUGCUGUGGCGGGGCAAUCAGUGGCAAUUGAAGGUGGCGUGUGCAGAUUGGAGAGUCCGCUCUGCUAAAUGAAAGUCUUCUCUGACUUUUCCGAUCAAUCUCCCAUCAUAACAGUCCACCAGUACAAGGGAGUUUUUAGUUUUUAGGAAAUGUUGGAUAUUUUAUUAUCCUUAACGUAUAUAUCCAGUUUUCACUCUAAAUAUGCAUUGUAUAAUCCUAGCAGCAUGGCAGCUGUGUGACCUGAACCCCCGUAUCUUGCCACCGUGGUGGCUAGUCGCUAAUACGCUUACCUACUCUACAUUGCACAAACCUAUCCGUAAUCAGUGGAUUUUUGUGUGAACGGAACGUCACCCUUCUCUGAAUCCUUUUGCUUUUCCAAAGUAGGGUCCACUUUAAAAUUUAGUUUAUGAAUGGCUACUCAUGUUCUAUCUUAAAAUUAUAGAAUGUAUCUUAUUUAUAUUUGAUCCUUUUGUGAAUCUUAGGCUGUGAUGUAAUUGUUCAUUAAAAGGUGGUGCAAGAUAUAUAAGAAAGUUAUAAUACAAAACCGUAUUGUUUUGUUUUUUUGUUUGUUUUUUGCAUGUCCUGAAAACUCACAAUUCCAUGUUAUAUGGUAAUUGAUUAAUAUUUUUUUUCUUUUAAUACAUUCACUCAUCACUAUAGAUGAGCAACUGUGUUUGUUUUUGUAUGUUUUCUGUUUGUUUUUAGGGUGCUUUAUGGAUUAAGCUUUGUGGGUUUUAACAGAGGAAAGGAAAGAAAAGUUAAGCUAAAUAACGCAUAUAUCUUAAUAGUUCUAUCACUUGGGCUUCCAAGCAAACACCUUAUCUUGCAUUCAAGAAAACGUAAAGGGGCACUCUAGGUACCAUAAUCACAAAGUUAUUGAAGUUAUAUAUUGCGCUAGGACCCUGCGCCUGUAGGUUUUUAUCUGACAUACUUAUUAAACUCACAACAUAGGGCUUGUAAGUGGAUCUUAGAGCCCUGCCUACCAGCUGUGUUAAUCAGAGAGCCACGCAUUACACUUCCUGGUGUGCGUACCAAUGAGCUGGUAAGCAGCACUGCUGUGGAAGAGACUUGCGCGCACUGUACUCUCUGGGAGGGAUUACUUACAAGUCUGUGUGUCUGAUUAAUGGUGCACCAAUCAUAAAAGGGACUGCAGCAGCCUCUGUAUGUGUGCAAGCACAGUUUGCGCAAGUCCCCUGAACCUCAGCAUGCUGAUAGGUGUAGAGCGAUGAGCUUUAAAGCCCUAUUCUGUCAAACGACAACUUUCAGGUACAGGGUGGUUAUGGUGCCUAGAGUGUCCCUUUAAAGCAUGCUAUACUGUAUCAUUCUAAUCAAUGACUCCAGUUUUCUUGUUUACCGUUUUUCAGAAAACAAACAGAUUAAUAUAGUAGUAAGACUGUAAAACAUAUAUCAAAGUUUAUGUACUGUAAACCGAUCUAAUCAAUCAUUCUGUCUUUUGUUUGAAUAUAUUUUUUAAGAUUGCAAAUAAAGAAAACUUACUAUA